AUGAGGUCCGUCUUGUCCUUCUUCUUCAACUUAUUGCUGGUGUUACAUGGAUCUUCAGCAGUAAUCACAGGGGCCUGUGAGAGGGACUCUCAGUGCGGUGGAGGAAUGUGUUGUGCUGUCAGUUUGUGGAUCAGGAGCCUGCGGAUGUGCACCUCAAUGGGAGAAGAGGGUGACGAUUGUCACCCAAUGAGUCACAAGAUUCCAUUCCUUGGAAGAAGAUUACAUCAUACAUGCCCUUGUCUUCCCAACCUGGCAUGCAUCACUACUGAGGAGGGAAGAUCCAAAUGUCUCUCGCCUUACAAGUAUCAAGACUACUACCUCUGA